CCGGGAUACUGGCACGGGCCCUCGAGACGGUGUUGAAGAAUGCUACGGAGACUCUGGCCAACGCGUCGGAGCCUUCGUCGGCAAAAACGUGGAAAAAGCCCACCGUGGCUUCCACUGUGCGCGACCGGAAAAUCCUACACGUGGGACACUUUGGACUGGGCCAUCGGCUAAGCAAACUAACGGCAGCUUAUGAUUUAGCCGACUCGCUGUCGAAGCGUACCCGCCAAGUAAUUCCACUCCAAGUGUACUGGGACGGUCCUACUCCGCAACGACGUGCUAGGGUAUUACGCGGGACAAAAUUACAAGAAUGCGCGUGUUGCGUUGAACGACGAGAUUCUGGCUACCUGGCAACGUAAACUGCAUCGUGAUGUAGAAUUGUUCCGACAGUUGGUCCGGGACUUUCGCUUCCGUCACGAAAUAGAAGCCUUUCAGGUCAGGAGCAAAUGGCACGACCAUCACGUUAUUGGUGUGCAUUUACGCCUCGGCAAUGGAGAGCUUGACCACUUCGUCGCGUCGUCUCGAAACAGCGCGCUCCCCACCAGUGAGUUUCUCCACAAUUUGAGUCGUUCGAUUCACCAAUACGUCCUUCAGCAGAAAAUAUCCAAGCCGUUGGUGUUUGUGUCCACCGACACGGCGUUGGCUAUACCUACACUCACCGAGCACUUGGAAGCUUACUCCGUUGCCGUCGUGACGGCCGAGCAGCCCCGCAUCGAACCCGGUCGCGGUGUCUCGUACCAAGCCUGGAAGUUGGGGGAGUCCUGUCGUCUGGGCUGGAAAGCCAGUACCAUAGAUAUGCUGCUAUUGGCAUACUCGGACACACUCGUCGCUACUUCACGUUCCACCUUUACCCAAAUCUUACCACGGUCCCUGGUACAGGACAACCAGAAACAGUUUUGUGAAGUAAACGACGCAGGUAUCGCUUGGCAGUGUUGCAACGACGAAACAACGUGGCUGCUGCGGAACGAUGCUUCCCGCGUGGUGGACGUGGCUUGGCUAGAAGUGCUUGAUCCCUCGGAGACGGCCACGCUAGUACACAAGGUUAUGGUGCAUUUGCCCGACGUGGAACCGGAACCGCGACUAGCCGAAGUAGAACUUUUCGUGCGAUAUAACGAUAGCGACACCAGGGCUAGCGCGGAUGAGGUAACUUUGGCGUAUGGUUCCAGGAUUAACCCGAAAUAUCGAAAUUCUCGAAACUACACCACCGCAUGGACAUGGAGAUAAAUGAGGUUUCGAGUAGCGAAAAAACGAUGUCUCAUUCUAAUUGCUCGUUUUUGAUC